GCUACUGCGGUACGAUGCGGCGGCGCACGAUGCCGAGCCGCGGCGGAUGAGAUGAUGCGCAAUGGCUGAACGGGUCGGGAGGAGAGAGCGGAAAAAGAGAGUGUGCCGUGAUUGAAACGAUGGGACGGGGCUGAACGGAUGCGAAUGGAGCGAUUUGUAGCGUUUGUGAUGCAGGCCGAGUAGAAAGAUGAGGCGGCGCUGAUCCCACUUUAGGAUGCUCCGAGAGGAGGAGAACGGGCUCCGUCUGUAAACAAUAAGGAAGCAGAGAGGCGCUGAGUAAAGGACACUUCAUCCAAAGCCCGGACCUGAGAACCGGAGGCUGCUCUGUGACAGCUGAGUCAGUGCUCGGCGAGGAGAGGCCGGUCGACGGGGAGGAGGGCGGCGAAGCUCUGGAGAGCAGAAAACAAACUUCUCAUUUCCUGUGCUCACAUCAGCGCUGACGGCUCGACAUCUCACCCGCAUGUUUCUCUGUGUCGUCAGGAGACUCUCAACGCUGAGGAGCGAUAAAUGCAAACGACCGCAGCUCACCUGUCAGACAAACACCUGAUUCUGUUUCCAGAUGCAGUCAGAGUGAUCUGCUAAGAUAUGAGAUUAGAAGGAGAGUCAUCUCUCUCCGGCAGUGCUACCAAAACGUCCUCUUCGGUACCGCUGUCAGAAUUAAUCAGUAAGAACUCAUUUCAGCUCUGUCAUAAAGCCCAGUGUUUGUUUUUUCUAAAUCAGGAUCUUUUUACCUUUGAGCUGUCAGGCUCUGAAUCAAGAACAGACUCUUGAUUGUGGCAGCUCCCUCUCACAAAUGAGAAUUCGGCUUGAGCUGACAGGCUGCAUUUUAAUAAGCAAAAGCAAACCAAUAAAACAUAGAUGAGGCCAACGACGAGCACUAUGCUCCAGCAGAAUAACAACAACAACUACCCAUGCCUGAACAUGUCAGGCUCCAGCCGGGAGAUGCUCCAGAAAUGCUCCAGAGCCUCUCUGCCCUUCCCCAGCCGACUGGAGCUGGCGGAUCUGCCGCUGAUCCGGGGUCUCCGGGCCUGGGCCCUGUGCUCCAAGAACCGCCACAAGACUGCUAGUCUGCUGGGAGGAGGACAAGCCCCCGCAGCGCCUCCUGUUGGUCGGGGGGGUUCAACACCCUGCCCCAGGCCUGCAGAUGUUUACCUGAGUGAGGAGUGGGGUCGCAUGGGGUACGGGCUUCCCCUGGGCGUGGAUGGCAGGCAGGCUGGAAUCGGAGCUUUGGUCACAGUUGCCACUCUGAAGACCUCAGAGGGCAGCGGCAAGACUCAAACUCAGUGUCUGUUCCUCCGGACUGAGAAAGGGAGCUGUUUGUACUCAGCAGCUAAGCCCAGUUCUGGUGUGACAGCCAGCGCAGCCUCCAGUGUGGUUGGAGGAUGGCUGAGAGGAAAGACAGGAGGAGGAUGCAGAGACACUCUGGCAGGGCCAACUCCACCGCCGCAGACCGGAGCAAACCAGGUUAGAGUGCGAUCGGGCCGGAGAUGGAGGAAGUCCGGUAAUGUGGCGGGCCGGGAGAAAACAGGCGUGAGCAGAGAAAGGCAGCAGAGGAGCAGGGAAGUUCCCACUGGGGAAUCCACUGUGGAAGAAAGGCAGGAAGAGCAAGACAAAGGAGGCCCGGACUGUAAAGAGUUUCCCAGCCCGCAGCAGGACAACCGGAGAGCCAGAUGCUGCCACAGUGUUUCUCCUAAAUCCUGCGUUCAGUGUGGUAGAAGAGCACAAAGGAGGAAAAGCCAGGAUGAACAUGAGGGAGGCAUCCCAAACAAACUGAUCGGUGAGGUGACAGGAAUGAGCAAGGAGAGGCAAAAGAAUGAGGACGAGGAGAAGGGAGACCUCUGCAAGCCAGAGCCAUCUAACUGUGUUCUGACUGAACUAAACUCUGACCCAGAAUCUACCCGCACCUACAGCGACUCCCACGGCAGCUGUGAGGACAGAGAAAUGAGAGAAGCUGAGAGCAGCGAGGGACAGAAGACACAAACUUCUCACAGCAAGGAUGCAGAGAAAAAUGAGGAUACAUGCACUGAAAGAAACAACGAUUUCACUGAGAGAAAACCAAGUGAAGAGCCCUGUGAAGAAGAAGAAGAAGACGAGACUAAUGUAAAAGGAUUUUCCGAUCAUGUUGAAGCAGAUGAGGAAUCAGAGAAAAGGUCUGAGAGUGCAGGUGUUACAGAUGAAAAGGAGAACCUCAUUCAGGCUCCUGCUGAAUUCUCAGACUGGGCUGCAGUCUUCACCCCUGCCUCCGGCAGAGCUGCAGUCUCCCUCAGAUUUAACCAGUCAGCCACACCCAUAGAGGGCAGCGUCUGCACUGCUGACAAGCAGGAGCAGGAGAACAGCCAGAAUCACCUUGAUCCUGGGGUCACAGGUGAGGAAGAAGUGGCCAAUGAGAAAAACACUGUGAAUGAGAAGGUAAACAAAAAACCUCAGUUUGUCUUUAAAAAUGAGGAAAACUGCAGCCAGCAGGAGGAGGAGGAAGCAUCACCUUCACCCCUCAGAGACGGAGACGCUUCCAUCGCUGAGUCGGGCGAGAGGAUAGUGACAGAAAACAGCAGCGACUGCGGGACGAUUGAGUCUGAGGCGAGAGACGAGCUGCAGUCAGAGGACGAGAACUUUGAGGAGAGACUCGAUCCUGAACACGGGGGUGAAGCUAGGGAGAUCUGGAGGUGGGAGUGCACCUUCACGAAGCUGGAUGAUUGUAAAGGAGAUGUGAUGCUGAAAGAUGAUGAUGAAGGGGUGAAGAGAAACUGUGCUCCCCAAGAAGACUGGAGGUCACAGGAGUUCAAAGGUGGACACGGGAGACGGGAGAAAGAGGAGGGAUGCACCUGUGCACCAACAAGCAUCACUUCUGUCGAACCAAACGAAGAGUCUAACAUCACUAACGCUGCCUGCACCGAUCCCCCCACCUCUCCUGCGCUCUCCAAGGCUAAUCCUGCCCCCCCUCUGCCCACCCUGGGAUCCAUGGCAACCGGCCUGCCCUGUCAGGAGGAGGAGGAGGAGGAGGCACUCAGUUCAACAGCAGGAGACAGAGAAGGAGGCCAGGAGGGGAAGAGGAACUGCAGGAGAGAGCUGGAGGAGCAGAGCGAGGUGGAGAGUGGCUCCGCCGUGGCCACUGACGAAGGGAGGAAGGAGGAGGAGGAGGAAGAUGAGUUUGGAGUGUUCAUGCAGGCGGAGGGAGAGCCAGCCUGGAGCGAGGAGUUCACCAUGUCUGCCUCAGUGCCUUGUGAGAGCAGAGAGAGCGCUGCACUUGGAAAGCAUGCUGUCACCGGGGAGUCGACCCUCUGGACACCAGGCACGAUGGACAGCUCGUUCCACCGAUCAGACGACACCUGGACAGCCUUCCCUCGGGACUCAUCGGAUGGAGGUGGAGAUGUUGUGGAGCAGUGGUGGCCAGCCAGCGCGGUGGAGGAGAGGAGGGACGGCCUCUCAGCCAAUCAGAAUCUGGCGGCGGUAUUUGCUGAAGCCUUCCCCUCACUCACUGGUUCAUCCUCCAGUGACCCCUGUGACCUCAAAACUGUUCCCACGCUGAGCCAGCUCCUCAGAGGUGGAGCAAGCCGAGAUCAGGGGCUCUUGGACAGCUUCCAUGACUUGAACAAAAUGAUCGGCCAGAGAUACAAGAGAGCCAACGGCGUGUCUCGCUACCUGCUGCUGAAGACUUUACACCUGGAGCAGCCCCCUGCUGAAAGCAGACCCGCUCCCUGGACGGUCAACUGCCGCCUCUCCCCUGGCCUCCCCUCGGCCAAUCGGCACGCUCAGCAUGCUGCUGCUAAGCGACGGCUGUCGUACGACUACAACAGGAAUGUCAUGGAGUAACUGUGGACCUCAGCUCUGGUUGGGCUGUUACAGCGUUCAGCAGGUUUUAGCAGCUGUCUCGAGCCUCUGGAUUCACAGCUUAUUAAACUGCAAGUCAAACACCCACUGACCUUCUGACUCUUUGCACACUUCCUGGUUAUUUAAGCCUGAGACAGUGAGGACGGCCAGUGUCUCCUCCAGCGCCUGUUGAUGUAUACUGGUGGUGUUUUUAUCUCACGUGUCCAUCACCCUGUUCACCAUCACCACCACCUGUUAAGUUUCAGCCUUACUGAGAUUCUCUGGAGCACGAUGGCCUGUUACAAGGUGCACGCCACCACCUCGAAGGAGAAGUCCACUCUGAUGCUUUCCUUCUUCUCUAACACAAAUAGAUCUGAGGCCUAGAAUAAACAAAAAGAUUAAAGAUCACAAGGAGUGAGCUUAAAUAAUCACAAAUGAAUAUAUAUCACAUCAUUUUGCACACAUUGCUGGCCCUGUCAGGCAUGAUUUUGGAAGGCUGGCAUGCCGUUUCUCUUCAAAAGUUUGUGGUUUGUUUUUGUCAUGCAGAAAUGGAAAAGUGUAACUGGAGCAGAAAUCUGCCUCCAGUAGUGCUGAUUCACUGCACUACAGUUUGGAUUUAAAACAGAGCUCUGUGAUACUGAAUUUAUUUUUUGAAGUAGAAAGAGUCCAGCAUCUGUAAACUCAUUUAUAUCCAUACAGUAUGUUAGUUUGGCUAAAAAGGGAAAAAUGAUGUGGUUAUGUUUAAGGUUGUAGCCCAGUGGUUCCCAAAGUCAAGAGUGCUGCGGCCCACUUAAAAGCCAGAAAAUCCCAUGGGACCACCUCCCCCUAUAGCACUGGCCUGUGAAAUUUGUGUGAGGGAAAACGAUGAUUUCCUUAAAAUUUUAUUUAAGAAAACAUAAAGAGCACAGGCUGUUGGCAUUAUUGCUAACACGACCCCGGCAUAUGAAAAGUGCUAAUGCUAAUAUGUGACCCACUGAGACACAAACUUCAAUACAAGAGCAGUAAAUUCAGGUCAGAGAAAUGAGUAAUAUCACAAACUACCCACCUCCUAUUACCAGUUUGAAUUCACUUUUUAUAUAAAUAAAUACAUUUAUAUAAAUAUGUAAUUAUGCAUACUUGUGAGUAAUUUCAAACUGAAUUUCUGUUGUUACUGCAGCCCCCCUGCAGUACCUUCGUGGCCCCCUUGUGGGCCACAGCCCACACUUUGGGAACCACUGCUCUAGCCAUAUGUAAGUCACAAAGACGCAGCUUUGCUGCACACCGUCAUCGUCAUCUGUGAUGCUCCUCCGCUCCAUGUGCUGCAGACAAAGCUGAAAGUCUUUUAAAGGGGACCUGUUGUCCUUUUCCUUGCAUGUACUCCUACAGUGUUGAACACUCACAUUAAACAUGAGCAGAGGUUCAGAUAAUCAGCCAAAAGCUCAUCAGACUGCUCAGUUUUAGAUAGUUUUGUUCUACUUCUGUCAAAGAGAGCAGAUAUCCCCUAUAUGGUCAUUCCAGUCACACAGCUGUGGCUGUGAGCACUAAAGCCCCUCCCACCUAUUGUUAAAACCUUCUGUUUGUGAGCAGCAGCCAACCAGAAGAAAGUUGUUUUAAAGGGAAAGGAGUAUGAACUGAGGGGCCGCACCAAGGCUCAGUGUGAGAGCUGCUGUGGCAGCACGGAGCUGGAAAUGAGCAUAACAGGUCCACUUUAAACAGCGGAGUCGGUGCUGCACAAACUGUGAAGGUAACAUUUCUAAAGCAUCUUUUUUCUGUCCCUUAAUUUUCAAUUAGUAUAUUUCAGAUUGGACUGAUAAGCUGCAAUGAUGGAGGCAUACAUGUCUGUGUUAUUCAGUGCCAAUCAGGUAUUUGGGAACUUUCCUGAAAAAUAGAUUUGCAGUUACAUUUCCAGUCACACUAAUGGAAGCCGCAUAUUAUGAAAGCAGCCAAUGGCAUGAUGCUUGUUUCUGAAAUGUGGUGGCUUGACACUUUGUAACACUUUGUAACUUUGUAUCACUCUCUGUGGCUGAAACCUCCACAGAUGGAUUCGUGCACACGUUAGGUAGAAGUGACAGAAAAACAUUUUUGUCUGCUCGUGUCAUCACACAGAAGAUCAAAGUUGAGCGUUAUUAUUUUUCUCAACACUUGGGGCAGAUUCACAUUGUGAUGCAUGUGCUUUCAUUGUGUAUUUGCUCCUGAAGAGCCGGUGACAGGAACAGAUCUUAACUGCGUUUCACUUCAUCAGAGAAACAAGUUCGUCUUCCAGUUCGUGCCGACAGGCCCAGCAGAGAAAGUGCCGAUGUUUGCGAGGUGAAGCAGACGCGUUCGGGAGGAAGUGUUUGUGUUUGUGUGGCAGACGCGCUGAUGUGGACUUAUCAGCGUGCGAUGUUCCGCUCUUUCCUUUCUCCCUGCGUCCUCCUGUCUCGCUUCUCGUCUGCUGAGCUUUCAUUUAUCUGAGUUCAGCGCUGUUCUGUAGUCGAGUCCACUUCAUGGGCAAAACUUGAAUCUAGCUGCCAAUCAAAACAAUAUUUUGUGAGAAUAUUGUUCACAUUAUAUCGAUCAUGCACUGCGUUUCUAGUUCGUGUCACCUCAGAGAACUUUAAUUCACUCUGUCGUAUAUUUCAAUUGUUAACUCGGUCAUCUGUGAUGAAAUUCAGACUCAGUUUUGUGUGUGUGUGUGUGUGUGUGUGUGUGUGUGUGUGUGUGUGUGCGUGCAUGCGUGUGUGUGCCAUUUAUACAAACUUCAAAUUCUUGAGAAAAGAUGGAUAUUUUCUGUUACAAUAAGGAAGAUGAAGCUGUCGCCUUGUUGACUGAUGUAAUAAAGUGAUACUGCGUGUUGGCUAAUGCUUCCUCGUGACAUGCAGAAGUGUUGACUUCAUGUAGGAACCACUGGCUGACUAAUGCAGAUAAAACCAUCACGUGAUCUGCUGUUCUGUGCCUCUCACCUGUCCUUUGUAAACAUUAUGAAACAUGGACUUCCCAAACAGACCGAGAGGAAGGCGGCCCUGACGUCAUUCAGCCGAAGUCUCCUGGAUUCACUGAGAGUAUUUCAUUAAGUAUUUCAUUAAGCUUGUGCUGAAAAACAUUCAAGCCCAUCCAACUUUUUUCUUAACCUCUUAUCAGGUUCAAGGUUACGGGAGCCUGGAUCCUAUCCAGGUGCCACAGGGCGAGAACCUGUCCUCAGUUUUCUAACAAUAACCAAUGAGCGGGCUGAUGGAUGGAUGGAUGGAUGGAUGGAUGGAUGGAUGGAUGGAUGUUUUAGGUUUACUCUUUGCCAAAAUGGCUGCACAUUCCUCCACAUUUAUUUUAAAGUAGAGAAAAUAUAUUCACCUUAUUGCCGUGUGGAUCAGCGUGGGGUUUUAUCCUUCAGUCCCUCGGUCAGUUAUUAAGUCCAUAACUUUGGUCCAUGUUUAUUAUAUUUAUGCAGGAAAUAUAUAUGUACAGAAAGUGUCUCCAUUCUUUGGUAUAAUUUGUCAACACAGCUUUGAUCCCAGUAUGUUCCUGUAACAUCGACCUGACUGUGAGUGUUUGAGAGUUCACUCUGAAACUAAACUGAGAAAACUGAACUAAAUAAAAACCCUGCUUUGGUCAUAGACCAAUCAAACAUUUAACUGAUGAAUUCCCAAAGAAGGAGUCUUUAGAAAUCCAUCAUUUCCACAGGAUAAAUCCUUAUUACAGAAGCCAUUUUCACACAUGCACUUCAGACGGAGAAUCAGGUGAUCAGUCGUCCUUGUUCACAUUCAGCUUCAGACACGUUUUCACCUCUGCAGAUGUUCCACGUGGUUAUUCGCCACCUGUUAAGGCACCAAAGCAUUUACUGCUCUAGUCUCUCAGUGGCGCGAGCCGCCAUCAUACAGCGUUUGUAUGUGGGAGCUGGAGGGUUAAAGUCGGUGUGAUGUUCACUGCUGUUGGCUGAUGCUGUGAAAAGUUCAGAGCUGCAGUGCAUGUGCAAAAAAGCUCGUGAUAAUGUCCCCACUGUGAU